CUGCCCGGUCGGAACGGACGCCGCUGGGCUUGCCUUUGGGACCUUCCAGUGCCCUCUUCGGAUCCGAGGGCUAGAUAGUCAUCGCACGGACGGGCUGCACACGUCUUGCUUCCACGUCUCAGCAGAAACGCCAGGGCCGGUUGUAGAUUCUUGUUCUAGUUGCUGAAAAUGGGCCCAGUAGGUGCAGAGGCUGAUGAGAACCAGACAGUGGAAGAAAUGAAGGUGGAGAAGUAUCAUCCACAGCAAACCACUCCUAGAGGUGAGCUGGCCCCCGACCCUGAGCCAGAGCUUAUAGACAGCACCAUGCUGAUUGAGGUACAGAUUAUCCUCAUAUUAGCUUAUUGCUCCAUCAUCUUGCUUGGGGUAAUUGGAAACUCUUUGGUGAUUCAUGUGGUGAUCAAAUUCAAGAGCAUGCGCACAGUAACCAACUUUUUCAUUGCCAAUCUGGCUGUGGCAGAUCUUCUGGUGAACACCCUGUGCUUGCCAUUCACUCUUACGUACACCUUGAUGGGGGAGUGGAAAAUGGGUCUUGUCCUAUGCCACCUGGUUCCCUAUGCCCAGGGCCUGGCAGUACAAGUGUCCACCAUCACCUUGACAGUCAUUGCCCUGGACCGGCACCGUUGCAUCGUCUACCACCUGGAGAGCAAGAUCUCCAAGAGAAUCAGCUUCCUGAUUAUUGGCAUGGCCUGGGGCAUCAGCGCCCUGCUAGCCAGCCCCCUGGCCAUCUUCCGCGAGUAUUCGCUGAUUGAGAUUAUUCCUGACUUUGAGAUUGUGGUCUGUACAGAGAAGUGGCCUGGCGAGGAGAAGAACAUCUAUGGCACUGUCUACAGCCUUUCUUCCUUGCUAAUCCUGUAUGUGUUGCCUCUUUGCAUCAUAUCCUUUUCCUACACCCGUAUCUGGAGUAAACUUAAGAACCAUGUGAGCCCUGGAGCUGCCAAUGAUCACUACCAUCAGCGAAGGCAGAAGACCACCAAAAUGCUGGUGUGUGUGGUCGUGGUGUUUGCGGUCAGCUGGUUGCCUCUCCACGCCUUCCAGCUUGCUGUGGACAUUGACAACCAAGUCCUCGACCUGAAGGAGUACAAACUCAUCUUCACUGUGCUCCACAUUAUCGCCAUGUGUUCCACCUUUGCCAACCCCCUCCUCUAUGGCUGGAUGAACAGCAACUAUAGGAAGGCUUUCCUCGCAGCCUUCCGCUGUGAGCAGAGGUUGGAUGCCAUCCACUCUGAGGUGUCUGUGACAUUCAAGACUAAAAAGAACCUGGAAGUCAAAAAGAACAAUGGCCCCCGUGACUCUUUCACGGAGGCUACCAACGUCUAAGGAAGCUCUGGUAUGAAAAUUGGUAGCUGAAUUCUGACCAGAGCUAUAAAUCUGGUUGAGGAGAGCUCCCAGGUGCAUCCUGAUUUCCCACUUUAAGGAAGAAAAGGAGGAUCUGAAUGGAAGCAUCUGCAGGAAUCUGUGGAAACCUGGGUGGCAAAGCGUUGGUGAUAAGACUCCUAUUCAAAGAUACAACACGCAGUUUGCCUAUGGUUGCUCGGAUGGUCGGUCAAAGUCUGAGUAAAAGCAGAGAGGGAUGCUUUUGACUACUUCCCAGAAUGAAGGAAACCCGAACAAGGAAUUGGCAUUAUCAGCAUUGCUAAAAAAUGAUGGCUAAAUGAGUUGCCUUUCAAAUCAUAUUAGGGCGUCGACAGGGGGUGAUGUGCUGCUCACUGCCCCCUCAUCUGAGGAAAAGACUACCCAAAAUCAAUUUCCCUAGGGAGCCACAGGCUCUUCUUUAUUGUAUUUUUUAAAAACUAUUCUUCCUAUGGACCAGUCCUUCAGGGAGCAUUACCAACUAUUUGAACGACUUACAGGAAGUCAGCUGAAAUUUGCUAUAUAAUUAGUAUUUUGGCCAGUGAUGGGGGAAAUCUUUAUCCAGUUAGCCAAUUGUUCUUAAAACCAAAUGCACAUUUAGUGAAAACUUUCUUCAACUCAGAAUAGAAGGCUGAAAUUCUCAGAAUUAUAGAAAUGUAAACAGUCAUGUAGCUUCUCAUUUCAAGUUGUGACUGCUUUAUAUAGAUACUAUUUACCUAACAAAUAAGCAUACAGCUCAAAACUUUUAAUCACUUCUAAUUGUUGUAUCCUUUGGAACAUGUAUUAUUCCUAUGUUAGAGCUGAGUUUGUCUUCACUAAAAAUUAAUUCCGAUUAGGAAAUAAUUUUUGUGGCAUUUUGCAACAUUUUGUGGUUAUUUGUAAACAGUUUUUGCAUAGAUACGUAGCUCUAAUGUGUUUACAGAACACUGCAGUGUUAUUUUUUGAAAUUCAUCUUCCAUGGACCCAUUCAGAAUUAAUAAAACAAUAUAAUUUCAUCAAAAUGGAACCACCUGGUAAGAGAUAUUAAAAACAUUGCAUUCAUUACACUUUGCAAACAUUCUACUUGGACCAAUUUAAACAUAAAUUAUCCUCCUCUCAAAAUACUUAGCUAUGUAUUUUGGAUAACUUAUAAAUAUAUACAUAAUAAAAUUUUACCUAUAAAUAGUGGAGUGUAGAUGCUAUAAUAUUUUUCAUUGAAUGAUUUUGGGAACACAAUUUUUAUUUUAAUAGUACCCAAUCAGAGAUGCUUAAAACCCUAGUAUGUUUAUGAAAACUCACUGAGAUGUUAAAAUAUUUGUACUUCUUUGGGUGCUGUUAAAGAAGAUUUAUUGUAAUCACAUUUUGUCAGUAUGACUGAAUUUGUGAAUAGAUUUCUUAAAUUUUAAAAAGCUUCAAUAUGAAUAUUACAUUUAGUUACAAACAUUAACGUUAUGAACAGGAGAGUUUCAUUUUAUGGAUAUAUUUAAAAUUCAUACUAUGGCUCUUGUUGAAUUACUUCCAAUGAAGAAGUAAAGCUCUUGAUGUGGACUUGACGUGGGCUUCAGUGGAAUACUGAAAAAGAAUGAAAACAGUGAAAGAGUAAGAAGUAAACAAAAAGUAAUAUAUAUAUGUAACAUAUCAUGUAAUGGAUGAGUUGAUUUUUCUGUUGGACUUGACAUAACUAUCCAAGAAGAAGCUUUUUGUCCUUUAAAUAGCAGUUACUUUGUUUAAGAUGUUAAUAGAUAAUUGUGGUUAAAAGUGUUGUCUUUCCCUCUUGGAGAAUUCUUACCCUGUAGGAAAUGUGUAUGUUACUGUAUCACCAGUUGUAGUAGUAAAUUAUUGGAAUCCAAUUAAUGAUCCAUUAAUAUAUGUGAUCUAAUUAAUUCUGUUAACCCAUUAACAAAAUAUCUUAUGUAGUGAUUUUAUCUGUUGAAAUAAAAAGACUUUGGGAAA